AUGAAUGCCUGUUUUCUUCCUUGCACAUCUCAUUAUGAAACAUUAAAUCUUGUCUUGUCUUGUCACUUCGUCAUCUUGCUGCUUCGUUCAGAUUCGUCGAAACAGGGCCAAGCCGCCGCUGCUGCCGGACCCAAAGCAAAACCAGAACCAACAAAGAGUCAACCCGCAACAAUCGCUAAAGUUCAAGAAAAAACACCGUCCAAACCAGCAUCUUCUCCGCCACAAUAUCGCAACGCGGAAGUUGAAAACGAGAUUAAUAAAAACAAAAAUGCCGAAAGACUAGAAUUGAGUUCUAUGAAACUUAAUGAUCAAGAUAUGGAAAUCGUUGCCUAUUAUGCAAUUAGAAACAAUACGAUACAUACCAAUCUUGUUCUUGGUACUUGGGAUGCGGACAAUCCAAUCGGAGACGAAGGCGCACAAUAUCUCGCCGAAGCUCUGAAAAGCAACAAGACACUCACUAGUCUCUGGCUUCGGAAGAGUCACAUCGGAGACAAAGGCGCGCAGUAUCUCGCCGAUGCUUUGAAAAACAACACGACACUCACCAAACUCGACCUUUGGGGCAAUAAAAUCGGAGACAAAGGCGCACAAUAUCUCGCCGAUGUGCUCAAAAACAACAAAACACUCACCCACCUCCAGCUUUACAGUAAUCGAAUCAGAGAGGACGGCGCACAAUAUCUCGCAGACGCUCUCAAAAACAACAAGACACUCACCGAACUCGAGCUUGCAGGCAAUGAAAUCGGAGACGAAGGAGCACAAUAUUUCGCCGUUGCUCUCGAAAACAAUCAGACACUCACCAAACUGAAUGUUUUUGGGAAUCAAAUCGGAGAUGAAGGCGCACAAUAUCUCGCCGAUGCUCUCAAAAAGAACACGACACUCACCAAUCUCGAGCUUUACAAUAAUGAUAUCCGAUUUGAAGGCGCACAAUAUCUCGUCGAUGCUCUCAAAAACAACUCGACACUCACCGAACUCACGAUUACUGUAAAGGAAAUCGGAGAUAAAGGCGCACAAUAUCUCGUCGAUGCUCUCAAAAACAACACGACACUCACCGGAUUGCGCCUUCCGAGUACUAAAAUCGGAGACGAAGGUGCAAAAUAUCUCGCCAAUGCUCUCAAAGACAACAAGACACUCAGAACACUUGGCCUUAUGUAUUGUGAUAUCGGAGACAAAGGCGCACAAUAUCUCGCCGAUGCUCUUCAAACAAACAAGAGACUACGACAAUUGGACCUGCGGAGCAAUAACAUUUCGUCAUCACUUCGAGAACAGUUAGAGAAAAAGGACAGACGAUUUCUGUUGUCAUGA